UUUUCAUAAUUUCACUCAUUUGCAUUAGGAGCAUGUCGGCAACAAGAAAGGAACAUGUCUUUCCACCUACAAUCAAAAAUGCCUGCUUGUGACUUUGUACCUGACAAAUAUGAGUCUUAUCCGUAUGAACGCAUGGUGAAGAUCCGAAAAGAGAAUGUUUCCCCCUCCUUAUAUACUUCUUACAAGAAGCCACUGCUUCUCCAUCAGGGUCAUAUGCAGUGGCUAUUUGACAGUGAUGGACGCAGAUACCUCGAUCUCUUCUCUGGAAUUGUGACGAUCAGUGUUGGCCAUUGCCACCCGUAAGUAUACAAA